AUGACACGAUCACACAAGAAGGCAGUCGAUUAUUACAGCGAUGAAUACAGAAAGAAUUGUAAAGGAAGCGAGAGAAGAGUGUACCGAAAGAAAGUUCGGGAUGCCCUCUGCAAUAACAGUCAUUCCGUAUCAGGCGUUGAUUUACUGCCAUCGGAACCCAGUCGAAAGCUUUGGGGAAGGGUUCCUGUUCUUUCCGAUAGUUAUCAAUCGUCAUUGGUUCAACAGGCCGUUGCGGAAUAUUACGAAAUUAUGAGUGAUCCAGCAUAUUCUCCUCAAUUAUUGAAAGAACAAGUGAAAGAGAAUUGUCGAGAAGAGAAGUGGGAAGAAGAAUGUUCGAAACGAUCUUCUCGAAAGAAUUGGAAAAUGCAGAGAAAAUUGGCAUUGGAUGGUUUGAAACAUCCCUAUGAAGAGGAUUCCACAGAUAGUGAGGAAGAGAAGGAAAUUGAGAAGGCUGUAAAAACACAACAAAAACAAAUCAAUUCAACUGUCAAAGAGAAUGUCAAUCAAGUGAGACGAUUUUUAGAUAACGAAAGUUAUAAUUCUUUCAAAUUUUAUAGGAAGUUCAAUAACAAGUAA